GUAUGGCACAUGCGUAGAUGAAGAGUUUAGUAUUCACAAGAAAUAUUUUGACAUUUUGCUUUUGCAGUAGAAAAGCCAAAAAGAAAAAGUAACUGCCUUAUACCCGUGACGUUCGUAUUUGUGAAAUUUUCUUUUAAUUAUUCUUUAAAUUGACAAUAUUUUACAAAAAUGAAUCGAUUAUUUGGUCGUGCAAAACCAAAGGAACCUCCACCAAGUUUAAAUGAUUGUAUCGCUGGGGUUGAUAGUAGGGCAGAUUCUGCAGAAAAAAAAAUUGCCCGACUUGAUGCUGAAUUGAAAAAGUUUAAAGAUCAAAUGGCUAAAAUGCGUGAUGGAGCAGCCAAGAAUGCAGUUAAAGCUAAAGCUCUUAGAGUUCUUAAACAGAGGAAAAUGUAUGAAUCACAAGUUGACAAUUUACGUCAGCAGGCAUUUAAUAUGGAACAAGCAAAUUAUACAACUCAAACAUUAAAAGAUACACAAGCUACAGUUGUUGCAAUGAAGGAUGGCGUUAAACAAAUGCAAAAAGAAUUCAAAAAUAUUAAUAUAGAUAAUAUAGAGGAUCUACAAGAUGAUCUUGCUGAUAUGUUAGAGCAAGCUGAUGAAGUUCAAGAAGCAAUGGGUCGAUCCUAUGGAAUGCCAGAUAUCGAUGAUGAUGAAUUAGCUGCAGAACUGGAUGCUCUGGGUGAUGAUUUAGCAUUAGACACCGAUACUUCAUACUUAGAUGAUGCUAUUAAAGCUCCUAGUGCACCUGACAAGGAACCUGGGGCAGCUUCCAUUACAAAUAGAGAUGGAGUUUUAGUAGAUGAAUUUGGUUUACCUCAAAUACCUGCCAGUUAAAGUAAUCAACUGUUUAUAUACUUCUGCUUUAUUUUAAUUAAAGACACUGUUCUUGGUAAAUCCAAUGAUACUUU